AUGGCGUUCUCAUCGUCUUCAUCCGAAAGUAACUUCAGUGCACCGAGAUCUAUCCGUGAUGCAGCGUUUACUGGCAUCAGUAGCCCUUCGGAUUCUGGAAGCCAGAGCAGACGCGGAGGACCAACAGGAGGAUUCCAGUUCGAUAUUAUCACAUGGUUUCCCAAAUACCAAAGCUGCCAGCGAUAUUUUAUAGAUCAUGCUCAACACGAGCCACUUGUUCAGCAAUUUGCAUCUUUCAUCAACAUUCUACUGCCGUUUCAGCGCCAGCCGCACCCGGUCUACAGCACAUCCGGCUCCCGCAGUGGGAAAUCGCGGCUAGAUAGAGAUCCGGCGAGGCCUUCUGCGUCCGAAGCAGCAGCCGCCGCCUCUGCCGUGUCCCUGAUCCCGUACCUGCGGCGUCUUGUGGUCACAGGUAUGGACGUGCCCCAAGUCCUGCAUGGCUUUUUCGGUGACGACUGGCGAGCGGGCAUUGGACCACAACGAGAGCAAGAAAGACGAAACUACUUGUUCGCUGCCAAAAGUGGCGGGUGGGCAUCGGUCAAAAGAGACUAUGACAUGCUCCCUUUGGAGACGGUCCCCUUCAUGCGGCCGCUCUACGACCCUACCGAUGCGGAGCUUGAUGCAGCCGAGAGGGGCUGGAGUGAAUGGUUAGCUCUCGAAGAUUGGAUGGUGGGCUCGCGGGCGCCAGAUGACGAUGGAAAUGAAAUCGCUUAG